UGAAAAAUUUUGAUCUCGUACGCGAUAAUGAAUUCAAUGUUUGCUCUCUUGAUCACUAUAAUUUAUAAGAUAUUUCUCUUAGCGUAAUCUUCGUAAUACACAAGUAUUGACUGGGUAUACAGUUGUGUCGGUAUCAAGAUAGAUCCAUAAUGAGCUCUCAACCAAUUGUGGUACCUGGUGGUGAACAUCGAUCUCAACCGGAAACUUACUCCGUGUCUGUUGGAAGUACUUCUGAUUCUUUCAAAACUAUGACACCACCAAAUGUUAGCAGGUCACUUAGUAAUCGACUAACUGCAAUGGGUGAAACUAAUCAAAAAACAGAUAAUGCAUCUGAUAAGUCUUUAGAUUCCUGUAAAUUAACAAGAAAAGAAUCCUACAAGGCUCAGAGAAAAAAUUAUCGAAUGGAGAAGAAGAGAGUUGCCAAUGAACUCUUAAGUUCAUUUAAGGAUCCAACUGUCAUUGUUAUGAGCGAUUGGCUGAAAGUUCGUGGAACGUUAAAAAGUUGGACAAAACUGUGGUGUAUUUUAAAACCUGGCCUGCUACUACUGUACAAAAGCCCAAAAACAAAAAGCAAUCAUUGGGUGGGAACGGUUUUGCUUAAUACAUGUCAAGUGAUAGAGCGUCCAAGCAAAAAGGAUGGAUUUUGUUUUAAAUUAUUUCAUCCUUUAGAACAAUCGAUAUGGGCUCCAAGAGGCCCAGAAAAAGAAUCCAUUGGUGCUGUUGUACAACCAUUGCCAACAUCUUACUUGAUCUUUAGAGCUCCUUCGCAGGCUGCUGGUAAAUGUUGGUUAGAUGCACUUGAACUAUCCUUGCGUUGUUCCUCGUUAAUAGUACGUUCGACAAGUGCAUUACCACGUGCUUUGCCACAUGAUACUACUACUACCCAUGAAACUCAAUGGAGUGAAGCAGAUUAUGAAAAACAUUUUGACGAGCAUGACCUGGACGAUAUUAGCCAACCAGAAAAUGGAGUAGCAGCUGAUGCAGAAAUCAGUGCCUCGGAUAGCGAGUCCGAAGGAUCGGCUAAAGAAGAUCAACCUGAAACCAUUAAUGAAACGCCUUACGUUGCAAAUGAACAAGAAAUUCUUGGAGUGGCUGGAGAAGUGGUUACAGAAUUGCAAGAAGAACAAAAGUCUCUAAUAUGGUUCUUAAUGAAACAAGUUCGGCCAGGGAUGGAUUUAUCAAAGGUGGUCUUACCUACCUUUAUUUUAGAACCUCGUUCGUUUUUGGAAAAGUUGGCUGAUUCUUAUUAUCAUGCAGAUUUAUUGUCUCAAGCAGUAGUAGAAGACGAUGCGUUCACACGAAUGAAGGGAGUAGUUCAAUGGUACUUGUCUGGAUUUUACAAGAAACCUCAGGGUUUGAAAAAGCCAUACAAUCCACUUUUAGGUGAAACAUUCCGCUGUUAUUGGCAGCAUCCUAAUGGUUCAAGAACUUUCUAUAUAGCUGAACAAUUAUCUCAUCAUCCUCCUAUAUCAGGAUUCUAUGUUACAAAUCGACAAGAUGGAUUUACUAUAAGCGCUACGAUCAUUGCUAAAUCUAAAUUUUAUGGAAAUUCAACUUCAGCAGUAUUAGAUGGCGUUGCAAUAUUAACAAUGUUACCUAGAGGAGAAGAUUACACAAUGACAAUACCUUAUGCUCAUUGCAAAGGUAUCCUAAUGGGUACAUUAUCCAUGGAACUAGGUGGAAAAGUUCAAAUAAAAUGCGAGAAGACGGGUUACCAUAGUGAAUUAGAAUUUAAGCUUAAGCCAUUUCUUGGUGGUGCAGAGCAAAUGAAUCAAGUUGCAGGUUGGAUACGUCUAGGAAAAGAAACUCUUGCUACUAUAUCCGGUUACUGGGACGGUCAGAUACUAAUUACUGACAAAAGAACAGGACAAGAAAGUGUAUUCUUUAAUCCAACUGCAGAGGUGCGUAAAAAGAGAUUGAAAAAGUAUACUGUUCCCUUGGAAAAUCAAGGUCCAUGGGAAAGUGAGAAGUUAUGGUAUGAUGUUACGCAAGCAAUAAAUGGUGAUGAUCAAAUAGCUGCUACCGAAGCAAAAACUCAAUUAGAGGAAGCACAGAGAGAACGUGCUAAAGAACGAAAACUUAAGGGACUAGAAUGGGUUCCCAAAUAUUUUGUUCAGGAUAUUAUAACGGGUAAUUGGGUAUAUCGACACGCGGAUGUUCGGCCAUGGGAUCCUAGAAAUGAUGUUGUUCAGUAUGAACAAGAUUAUAUAGUUCGUACGAAAACUAGACAUAAAACGCCAAUCAUGCGUACUGGUAGUAUCGUGUCUGCUGACCCACAAUCACAGGUUCCCCUUCUUCAAGCUGAAUCUCGUUCUUCACUCUCCGUACUAAAAUCUUCUAAAAGACAAUUAUCCAGUAAUUUACCAUUAACAGAGACAGCACACGAUUCCGGAAGUUCGUCUGCUGAGGUGCAUUCAGAUUCUAGUCAAUCAGUAGGUAAAAGGAAACGUUCUACUGCAAGGAUAAUGGAUGUUGUUAAAGACGUAGAAAGACAAAUGUUGGGAUACGGGGAUAAACUUAAUCGUAUACAACAUAUACUAGAACAGCUUGCUAUUAAACAAAGAGAACAAGGUGAUCAACAUCAUAGUAUAAGUAUGCUAAAAAGUUUCAUAGAUACGAUUCUUGUUAUCGUAAUUGUUUUUUCCGUUCAAUAUUUUGUAAAAAUAUGGAAUGAAAAACCUAACGGGGGUUGAGAAAUACGAUAAUAAGAUUGUAGUGUAAAUUGUACAUGUUAUUUAUCUUGUCUCAAUUUCAAUUAUCGGCUUUUUUAUGUAAAAAGCUUUUAAGGGAAAGAAUCCUAAACUUAGAAGUACCUAAUUUAAAAGUAUUUUCGGUGAGGGCAAUGAUGUAUCUUGUUUUGGUAGAACAUCACUGAAUAAUAGUAUACAAAAAAAAAAGGAAUCAGGGCUUUUAAGGAAUUAUCCAUAAUUACAGUGCAAUCUUUAUAGUUUAAAGUGAUUCAGUUAAUGCUUUGUAAUAUAAUAUGUUCUUUAAGUGUAUAAAUGUAAAGAUUUAUUUUUUAGUGA